AUGGGAGACCUGCUUGAUGAAAUACGUACUACAUAUGACACAGAUCCAAUGGCCAAACAACUCAUCUAAUAAAUAGAGAUAAGGGAAACUCAACACUUUUAGAUGGAAGAUGGUAUUAUAUAUGUAGAAGGCCAACGACCUUACAUCCCAUAG